AUGGAAUCCAUGGCAGAAGAUGAUAUCUACACUAAAGAUGGCACGGUAGAUUACCGAAAGAAUCCUGCUAAUAAAAAGGAAACAGGAACCUGGAAGGCCUGCCCUUAUAUCCUUGUAAACGAAUGCAGUGAAAGGUUGGCAUACUAUGGGAUGAGCUCCAAUUUGUUUCUCUAUUUCACGAAGAAGCUCAACCAGCACAGUACUACCGCUUCAAAAAAUCUGUCCAAUUGGUCAGGAACAUGCUAUAUCACGCCGCUGAUUGGAGCAUUUCUUGCUGAUGCCUACUUGGGAAGAUACUGGACCAUUGCCUGCUUCUCAAUCAUAUAUGUUAUUGGAAUGACACUUUUGACAUUAUCAGCAUCAGUCCCAGGCAUAAAGCCAAGAUGUUAUGGUAAGGACUAUUGCAAUCCAACAGAAGCUCAAAGUGCAGUGUGCUUCACAGCACUGUACCUGGUGGCACUUGGAACGGGAGGGAUUAAGCCUUGUGUCUCUUCGUAUGGAGCUGAUCAGUUUGAUGAUGCUGACGAGGUGGAGAAGAAACACAAGGGCUCAUUUUUCAAUUGGUUCUAUUUUUCGAUCAACAUUGGUGCACUCAUUGCUGCUUCUGUGCUGGUAUGGAUACAAAACAACGUUGGUUGGGGAUGGGGCUUUGGCAUUCCUGCUGUGGCCAUGGCAGUUGCAGUAUCGAUUUUCUUUUCAGGUACUCGGUUGUAUAGAAAUCAGAAACCUGGGGGCAGCCCUCUGACUCGCCUUUGUCAGGUGGUGGUGGCUUCUUUGAGAAAAUAUCGAGUUGGAGUUCCCGCGGACAACUCCCUCUUGUAUGAGACUGCAGAGGCAGAAUCGGCCAUAGUUGGAAGCCGCAAACUUGAUCAUACUAAUGAUUUCAGUUUCUUUGACAAGGCGGCAGUGGAGAUACAAUCAGAUCACAUGAAGGGUUCAGUUGACUCAUGGAGACUUUGCACAGUGACCCAAGUUGAGGAAUUGAAAGCAAUCAUCCGAUUGCUUCCUAUAUGGGCUACUGGUAUCAUCUUCAGCACAGUUUAUGGACAAAUGGGCAACUUAUUUGUAUUACAAGGAACUUUCAUGGAUGCUUAUGUGGGCAAUUCUAGUUUCAAGAUCCCAGAAGCGUCGCUUAGCAUUUUUGACACCCUCAGUGUCAUCUUUUGGGUCCCAAUCUACGAUCGAAUCCUCAUUCCAGUCACCAGAAGAUUCACUGGCCACAAAAGUGGCUUGACUCAACUUCAAAGAAUGGGCAUUGGCCUCUUUAUAUCAAUCUUUGCCAUGCUCUCUGCUGGGAUUUUAGAGGUUGUUAGGCUUAACAUUGUGAAAAGGCAUGAUAUCUAUGGAGUCAAGGAAGUGCCCAUAUCAAUAUUUUGGCAGGUUCCACAGUAUUUCAUUAUAGGCUGUGCAGAAGUGUUCACCUUCAUUGGACAAUUGGAGUUUUUCUAUGAACAAGCUCCUGAUUCCAUGAGAAGCCUGUGCUCGGCUCUCUCGUUAACCACAAACGCCCUCGGAAGCUAUUUGAGCUCUCUACUGGUAACCGUUGUCACUGAUAUUAGUACUCGAGAUGGGAAGCCAGGCUGGAUACCGGAUAACUUGAAUUAUGGUCAUCUCCAUUAUUUCUUCUGGCUCUUGGCAGUGUUAAGUGUGCUGAAUUUAGGAGCUUUUCUAUUGGCAGCUAAGUGGUACACUUAUAAGAGGUCGGUGGGGACUCUCCCGGCUAUAAAGAGCGAAGCCGAUCACACCAUAUAA